AGGUAGAGAUAGAAGAGGUAGAUAGAUAGAUUAAAGCAAAGGCCAUUUUCUUUAUAUAAAGGCGGCCUCUGCCACACACACAGAGAGAAAAUUUUAAAGAAACGGUUUUCAGUUUGAAGAGAGAUAGAGAGGAAAUCGUGAGGGAGGCACCAAAUGGGGGCGUUGGCGAUGACGAGUACCGCGGCCGUGCUGACGAGCAUUUCCCUUCUGAUCGGAGUCGCUGCAGGGAUGUCGGCGGCAGCCGAGAAGGACAGGGUUGGGCAUCUGCCCGGUCAGCCGGCGGGGGAGCUGCCGUUGAUGCACUUCAGCGGCUACGUGGGCGGUGGAGCUGCAGCGGCGAGACACUUCUUCUAUUAUUUUGUCAAACACGACGGCUCCGCCCGUCCCGCCGAAGAAGCCCCUCUGAUUGUGUGGGUCAGUUCAGGACGAUUCUGCUCCGCCGUCGGAUAUGGCGGGAUGCUGGAGGUCGGCCCGCUCCGGGUCCAGGCCGACCUGACCCUGCGGCUCAACGAGUAUUCCUGGCACAAGGAAGCCAAUGUCCUGUUCGUUGACCUCCCAGCGGGAGUGGGAUUCUCCUACUCCAACAAGAACCUCACCGCCGGCGAAGCGACAUCGGGCAACCAGAUCGCCAGAGAAGCCGUGAGUUUCCUCCAAGGCUGGACCAAGAAGUUUCCAGAACACCGAUUCAACGAGAUGUUUCUCCUCGGGGAAGGGUUCGGAGCGCAUCAUGCUGUUCGAUUGGCUCUCCACGCCACACGGGAACCGUCGCUGUUAGCUGGGCUGCCGCCGCUGAAAGGAUUGCUGCUGGGUAAUCCUGAGAUGGACCUGGAGUCCACUUUCGAAGGAUUCGUCGACUACUUGACGAUCAACGGGAUGAUGGGCAAGGCUGGCCGGGACAAGGUGCUCAGAGCGUGCGUGCUUAAGUCUCCCCUUGACUGUGCCACGGCAAUGCAUCAGGAGGCCAUCGGGCUGGCGGUUUACAUUUCGGCCAUCAAAGAGCCACUCUGCACAGCAGCGGCGCGGCCCAGUUCGAAGUACUUAUGGUACGACCCGUGCUCGGAAAAUUACCUGGAGCAAUACCUUCAGCUGCCGGCCGUCCAACAGGCUCUCCACGCCAAUUCUUCUGGCCGAGUUCCGGGGCCCUGGCAUAUCUGCAGUAAGGCGUUGUCACCGGGGCUGGUACCACCGGGGUCCGAGAAGCCGACGUGGAUUAUCGACGCCCUGAAAGAGCUGGUGGGAAAGGGAGAUUCUCUGAAGCUGGCCGUCUAUCAUGGGGACGAAAAUGCCCGGCCUCCGGUGACCUCCACCAAGUACUGCCUCGCCAAGGUUUUCAAUCACACUGAUCCGGCCGAGUUUGGCCACUGGAAGGACAGCAAUGGGGAUGUGGGUGGGUACACGUCUGUGUACAUGGGGAGGAAGAACAACGUCACCUUCUCCACCGUCCGCGGCUCCGGUGGGUACGUCGGCAGUUACCAGCCGCUGCGAGCCAGGGAUCUCCUCCGCCGCUUCCUUGGAGCCCCAUGAUGGUUAAUUAAUUGCUAAUAACUAGUGUGUUCUUGUGGUUAAUUAAGGAGUGACAAUGAAUCUGUUCAGGAUGUAGCUGUUCGAUCGGAAGUAACGAUUAUGUAGGGAGUUUCGUUGUUGUUAGGAGUGACUAUUUAUUUAUGUGGUGAUCAGUUUUAUUGUUGCUAAGUGUGGUUUCAUUUGAGACGAUUAGUGUUUAAGUGUGUUGUUAAGUAGUACUGUGGUGGGCUAGCUGCUUAAUGAAUGAAGGAUGUUAUCUGGUUUGUUGCGAGUGUUGGG